UAGUUCUAGAACAAAUAUUGUAUUUUAUUUAUUGUCCAGUUGGAAUCGUUGAUUUUUCCUUUUUAUGAUAUUUUUGAAGCGCUCAAAAACGUUGCUACUCAGUUUAAUGGAUAGCCUUAUUCGACCUUCGUGUGACUGAUCUCUUCUUUGGUAAUUUAUCGUAAAAGUUUCUGUAAAAAUUAUAAAUCUGGUGAGAACCAUAUAUGGACAAUGAACAUGAUUAUUGUCUACAUUUCAGCUGAACCAGUUACAAGUGCGGAAGUGAAUCAGAACAUCUCGUGAUGAGCCCAUCCCUUGCAUUCGAAGGAUGUUUACAUUACAAUACGAUUAAAGACAAAAUUGAAGAAAUAUUUCAAUAUAAAACUGUGACUCUACGUUGUGGAACGAAAUAAUAAGUGUGGAAAUGAAGAAAUAGUCGUUUUGAUCAUAUUUGCUGUAUCCAGUUACUAGGAAGUGAAUCAGAAUGAUCUCGUGAUGAGCUCAUCCUUCACAUUUGAAUAUACACGUCUACACUGCAAUACAAUGAAAGACAAAAAUGAAGAAAUAUUUCAAUAUAAAACUUGAAUUUACGUUGUGGAACGAAAGAAUAAGUGUUGAAAUGUAGAAAUAGUCGUUUUGGGUCAUAUUUGUUUGAAGUUUAAAUAAAGGCUUCACGAUUAAAACCAAAGAUUCAAUCUCCAUUAAAAGUAAGUCAGAGUAUUUACAGCAUUCUAUUCUAAAUAAAUUUCUAGCUUAAAAAUGGCUUCAGCACCUAAAAAACUGAAGAUUGAGGCAAAUGGAUCUCGUUUAAGUAAACUUUUGAUAAAUAAAGGAACCCAAGCCUUAAAAACAACAUUGCAAUUACAUUUUAACAAUUUAUCAUCAAGUUUGAUCAAUGAACUUAAUGAUUCUUCUACAAUGAACAAAUUUACAUUACUAAAAAAGAAAAAAGUCAUCAAUAAAGAGCAAUGGGAUCUUCUUUAUCCAUCAACUGGUUCACCAGACAUUAAAAAUUUUGAUAUUUCGUUAUUGACUGUCUUAUUGAGAAAUAUAUGUGGUCUAACAGCGCCACAUGGUGGAUGGGAUAAUCUUCCUUCCUCUUCAGAUACUUCAAUCUCAGCAAAUAUUGCAAGAAUAAAGUUUUAUCGAAACAAAGUGUAUGGCCACAUAACUACAACUAGUGUAGAUGACAGUGAGUUUAAGUAUUUGUGGCAGGAAAUUUCAAAAGCAUUGGUUGGUCUGGGUAUUCAACAAACUGAAAUAGAUGAAUUAAAGAAAGCUCCCUCAGUCCUGAUGAGGCAAACUAUAUUGAAAUGUUAAAAGAAUGGUAUGAAGAAGAACAACAGUUAAUCAAAGUCAUAGAAAACCAUAAACGAAGUGAAAGUAAUAAAAAGUGAAGUAGAGGAAAUCAAAGAAAGCAUGUCAACAAGAAUGAGGUUGCAGAAAUUAAACAAGAUGGCUACAAAACUGAUUGUUGGAGUAAGAGAAAUAAUACAGCGCAAAAUAUGCUCUGAUGUUAAGAAGCUUGGAAAGUGUAAGUUUAAUGGUCUUAUAGAAGAUCUUAACAAGAAAUACCUUGAAGGCACUAGACAGUGGUUAUUUGAAAAACUCGACACUUGGUUUGACGAUAGAAGUGAAAAUGCUUCUAAUGUCAUGAUUUUAAUUGCCGGUCCUGGCGUUGGUAAAAGUGUGUUUGCAGCUGAGGUGUGUCGACUAUAUUCUGAAAAGAAGAAACUUGCUGCUUCUCAUUUCUGCAGAUAUAAUAGAUCAGAUUAUAGAAAUCCUCGAGUUUUGAUAGAGUCAUUGGCUAGCGCCAUGUGUGAUACAAUAUCAGAUUUUAAAAGUAAACUGAAUGAAGAAUUACAGAGAAACCAUUCCAAAGAAUCUAUCACCGAUAAAUUCCUUGUUUUAUUAUAUAAUCCAUUGCAUUCAUUGGAAGAUCAUGAACCAAUGCUUUUGGUUAUUGAUGCCUUAGAUGAAAGCCAAGUUGAUGGCAAAAGUGAAUUGUUGGAAUUGAUUGGAGAAGAGUUUGACCGACUGCCUAAAUGGAUAAAAAUCUUCAUCACCAGUCGUCCAGAACUUCCUGUUCAAAAGGAGUUGAAAGACAUGAAUCCUGUGGAAAUAACAACUCGUGAUGAAAACAACGAAAAAGACCUGCACAAGUAUUUGAGACGUCAGUUGAAUGAUCGGAUGCAGGUAUAUCACUACGUUCUUCAGUCAUUAGUUAAAAAAUGUGAGGGGUCAUUUCUUUAUGCGCAUCAUGCACAACUAAGCUUGAAAGAAGAGAAUAUUGAACUUACAAACGAGAAUAUUGAACAAUUGGUCCCUAGUGGGUUAAGCCGUGUUUACACAAAGCAAUUUAAAAGAGUAAAAGAAUUGUUAACGAAGGAAAGUCCCAGAAAUUCUGUUUUCUCAGAAACUACUUUCAUGCAAUUUCUUGAAUUGUUGGCUGCCUGUCGGGAGUUUUUACCAUUAACUUUACUUUUUAGCUAUUUAUGUUUUUCUGGUGACAUCAAGUUUGAAGUCCGCAGUAAAAUCAUUGAACUGUUAUCUCAAAUUUUGCCAGUUUACGAUGAUUGUUUAACCGUGUAUCACAAAUCUCUAAUUGACUGGUUGAAAUCAGAUGGUUAUGAACAGCAUGAGUUUACAGUUGAUCCAACAAAUGGUCAUAAGUUCUUAUGGCAUGCUUGUGAGAAAGUGUUUAAACACAUCAAGUCGAUGAACAUUUUUAAAGAUCAGAUGAACACUGCUAUCAUUAAAUAUGCUUUGAAGAGUGGAAUCUAUCAUAUGUUAAAAUGUGGGGAAAAUGUUGACUUAAGCUGGGCAGUAGAUGUCAAAGUGUUUUUUGCGAGGUUAAUGAUUGUGGGAGACAUUAACGUUUAUACCAUUAGGUCUGAAUUGUUUGAAAUUAUUAAGGAUCUACAAACUUUCUUGGGAAAAGAUGUACUUGAGGAACAACUAUUUAAAUUGUUAAUGAUAAUAACAAAUAACAUGGAUAAGUUUCGUGAUAGCUCAUCGUUAGCUAAUGGAUUAGCUUAUUUACAAGUUAUUGCAAACAGAAUUCAUAACAGUAACGAAAGAAGAUUAUUGGCAAAGGAUUUAUUGAAACAAGGAAAGUUUUUUGGUUUGAGGAUUUAGACUCAACAUAUUUAACAAACCAUCAUCAUUUGACUGUCUCCUUGCGUGCUAACGUUACAUCUCUUUGUGUGUCGUCCAAUGAAGAACUUCUUGCUGUAGGAUAUGAAAAUGGUCAAAUAUCUAUUUUGAGCUUCCAGAAUUCAAACAACGAUGCACUCUAGGCACUGCACUCGAUGAUUCAAGGUUGGAUAAGUGGGAUGAUGUAGACACAUUUAUGUCCCUGUAUGACAAGUAUGACUUUCCAACAUUAUUUAACUAUGGUUUUGUACGUGGAAACAUCUGUUGUUGCUCUUUUCACCUACCGGAAAUAGACUGGUAACUAGUGAUGGAUCUACUGAAGUAAAGUUGUGGGACGUUAACAAUGGACGUUUGUUAUUAUGUUUACAGUCAGAUGAUGUCGUUAAUCGUUGCUCUUUCUCAGAUUCUGGUUUGUUUAUUACAGCAAGAUAUGAUGGAAUUUCUUCUAAAGAUGUGUUCACUGCAUGGAAUUCAUUAACUUUGCAAAGAAUUGAUCAACGAUGCGUUGUUGAUUACCAAAAUCUACAAUACACAGAUAAAUAUUCAGAGUUCUUUGUUAUAGUCAUUGGACGGCUUUCGUAUGUUUUUCAAUUCCCAAAGGCAAUCGAUAUUUUUUCAAAGAGAAAGAAAUAUUUACCUUUACAUUUAAUGAUAACACACCAUUAUCGUGAUUGUAUUUUUUAUCAUACAAACCAGAAUGGAAAGCUUUCUGAAAUCAUUCAGUUGACAAAAUACAACGAUCAAGGAGAAAUCGUGUUUUGUUUACCACAUGUUAGGUGUCCAUGUGUUUAUAGGAAUCUUAAAAGUCCAUCCCAUCUCGUUUAAGGAAUUUUACGUUGUGCCGUAUUUUUCCAAGCUUAAAGUUUUCAAAACUGAUCAUCUUUGGAGACCUUCAUUUAUCUUUGAGGAAUUUGAAAUUAAAUGUUGUUGUUUUUCACCGGAUGGAUCUUUUUUUGCUGCUUUCGCUGUUGGUGACCACGUCAACAUUCAUAUUUGGAACAUUGAACGUUGCACUAUUAUUCAAACUGUACCAAUGCAACUGAAGAAUGCAUUAGGAUGUUGGUGGUCAUAUGGUUUACUGUGGAUAUGGGAUGGUUCUGAUCAUCUUAUGAAGAUAUCAACUUCGUCUGAAAAUUUUGUAGAAUCUACUCAAGCAAAGCAUGUUAACAUUGGAUUUAAACCUAAGAAAAUCUUAACAUUUGGUGAUGUCUUAGUUUGUACUGACAAAGAAAAGUUUGUUCAAGUUGUUAGAAUUACCAAGGGUGAGAUACAAUACAACAAAAGACUUCCUGUCCAUAGUUCAAAAGUUAAAGCAGCAGCUGUAUCACCUGAUAAUUCUGUUAUUUUAACUGUAAACAAAACAGAAUACACAAUAUGGAAAUGGGAAAAUAACAAGAAUGAACUUUACUUGAAACCUUGGUAUACUGCAGAAAUACCCAUAACGUCUUUUAUUGAAAAAUUUGUUCCAAAACAGGUAACUGUGAAAGAUCUAGAGUUGAACUGCUGUAUAAGUGAUAGUAAACAAGCAGUCAUAGCAUUUUGCCAAUACACCAAAAUUAGAGGCAUUUAUGUCAUUAAUGUUCACGAGAACGGUGAUGUGAAUGAGAUUUUGCAUGAUGUGAGUGGAUAUUUAUUGGAAUCCAACCUAAUCGUACACAAAUCUUAUUGCAUUGGAGUGCGUCAUAUGUCAUUGGUUGCUAGAGAUUUAAAGAGUGGUGAAGUAUGCGCUAAAUUUGAGGAAAGACGUUUUGCAGUGUCUCGUAUAACUAUGCAUUCCAAUACAGGAACUUUAGCUAUUGUUGAGAGUUUAAAGUACAGAAUUCAAUUUUUAAAACUUAAUGUUCCUGAAUAAAUAUAUCAACUCAAAUUUUAAUAGUAAAUUCAAAAACCUUUUGAGAAAAUUGGACAUAGAUGUUGAUGGUCGUAAGGAUGAUUGCUUGUUUCCACCUACUAUAGUUUUCUACAGAAGAAGUAUACUUAUUCUGCCAGGCAAUCUUUAAAAAAUUUUCUAUAUUUGCCAAAAAUAAAUUUGGACCAAUUUUGCAAAAGAUGUUUUAAAUUUAUCGGUACUAUUUCUUGGAAUGUCUUACCUCCUGCUAUUAAAGAAUCUAAAACAUUAUCUAUGUUUUACAAUAAUCUGAAACGAUGUAUAAUUGCUUUUUAUAACACAAAUGACUUGUAUUUAAAAAGAGCGCUUCUAUACUAAUUGAUCAUGAAUAUUUGUUUAUUCCUUUCUAAGAUUCUACUUGGAAUCUUCAUAAAUGAAUUGUCAUUUAAACAGGGCAUCCUCAAGAUUUGACUACUGCUGUAAGAUGCUCUGUCAAACUUAUUAUUAUGUAUUGUACCUCUGAACAAAUUUCAUGUUGAUGAUUUACUUUUUAAUAAAAAUGUAUGGUUA